AUGUCUCCCAGCGAAGAGCUUCGUGACCGCCAGCUAACCGAUCGUACCCAGGCCUUCGAGAACACCUCGACCAACGUCGCCGCUGCCCAGAUGCGAAAUGCCCUGACCAACCUCGCCGAGACCGUUGAGGACCCCAAGGAGAAGAAGCUGUUCGAGACUGAGAUGGACAACUUCUUUGCCCUGUUCCGACGAUACCUCAACGACAAAGCCAAGGGAAAUGCGGUUGACUGGGACCGCAUUGCCCCUCCCGCCCAAGGACAGGUCGUUGACUACGAGGACCUUGCCAACACCGAGUCCGUGCAGUUCCUGAACAAGCUCGCCGUCCUCAAGCUCAACGGAGGUCUGGGUACCUCCAUGGGUUGCGUCGGACCCAAGUCCGUCAUUGAAGUCCGUGAUGGCAUGUCCUUCCUCGACCUGUCUGUCCGUCAGAUUGAAUACCUGAACCGCACGUACGGUGUCAACGUGCCCUUCAUCCUGAUGAACUCGUUCAACACAAACGAUGACACCGCUGCCAUUAUCAAGAAGUACGAGGGCCACAACGUGGACAUCCUCACCUUCAACCAGUCAAGAUACCCCCGAAUCUACAAGGACUCGCUGCUGCCUGUCCCCAAGUCGUUCAACUCGUCCAUCACCGAGUGGUACCCUCCCGGACACGGUGACGUUUUCGAGUCCCUGUACAACUCUGGCAUUCUCGACAAGCUGUUGGAGCGCGGCAUCGAGAUCGUCUUCCUGUCCAACGUCGACAACCUGGGCGCCGUCGUCGACCUGCGCAUCCUCCAGCACAUGGUUGAGACCAAGGCCGAGUACAUCAUGGAGUUGACCAACAAGACCAAGGCCGACGUCAAGGGUGGUACCAUCAUUGACUACGAGGGAUCCGUCCGCCUGCUCGAAAUCGCCCAGGUGCCCAAGGAGCACGUCAACGAGUUCAAGUCCAUCAAGAAGUUCAAGUACUUCAACACCAACAACAUCUGGCUGAACCUCAGCGCCAUCAAGCGUGUCGUGGAGAAUAACGAGCUGGCUAUGGAGAUUAUCCCCAACGGCAAGACCAUCCCUGGUGACAAGAAGGGCGAGUCGGACAUUUCCAUCCUCCAGCUCGAGACGGCCGUCGGUGCCGCCAUCCGCCACUUCAACAACGCCCACGGUGUCAACGUUCCCCGUCGGCGAUUCUUGCCCGUCAAGACGUGCUCCGACCUGAUGCUGGUCAAGUCCGACCUGUACACCCUCAAGCACGGCCAGCUCCAGAUGAGCGCCGCCCGAUUCGGCGACGCCCCUCUGAUCAAGCUGGGCAGCGACUUUAAGAAGGUGUCCGACUUCCAGAAGCACAUCCCCUCCAUCCCCAAGGUGCUGGAGCUUGACCACCUGACCAUCACGGGUGCUGUCAACCUGGGCCGCGGCGUGACGCUCAAGGGCACAGUCAUCAUCGUGGCGACCGAGGGAAGCACCAUUGACAUUCCCCCGGGAUCCAUCCUCGAAAACGUCGUCGUUCAGGGUAGCUUGCGUCUGUUGGAGCACUAA